CUGCUCUGGCUGCGGCCCCGUGAGGAGGUGCUGGAGCCGCCGCCGCCGCCGCCUCCUCCUCCAGCUGGCGCGGGUCUCUGAGGAGGACAUGAAGUAUGGCUAGCUUAUGAUGAAGACAACAACUUAGCAGGUGUGGUAGCUGCUGCUGCUACUGAUGAUGAUGACUGAACACGGCUGGACUUGCUGAGGGAGGCAGAAGGGUGGCAGGAGGAAGGAGCUGGAGUCUCUCAAGGGUUCUGGUGCCAGGCCUCCAUAAGAAGCCAUGAUCACCUUGAUAACUGAGCAGCUACAGAAACAGAGCUUGGAGGAACUGAAAUGCACAUCCUUCAGCAUCAGCCUGCCUUUGCCUGAUCAUGCUGAUGUGGCCAGCUGUGGCAGCCCCUUCCAGAUAGCGCCUGAGGGAGCUUCAUGGAGGGACCUGGUUCCCUGUCCAAAGAUCCAUCUUCAGGACAACACAGGUCUUUACCAACACUCCAGCUUGAGCCUUCCCCUGCCCCCCUGCAGCCCAGACAACAGCCCUCAGAACAGCCUUGCAGCCCAAACACUGGCUGCCAACCCACAAGUCUCAGAAAAGGCUUCUGUGCCCCCCACCAAAAGACACUGCCGUUCACUCUCAGUGCCCGAAGACCUCUCCCGUUGGCAAGCUGUCUGGAGGCCCCUGGGCUCCAAAGUGUGGACACACAUCAAACGUCGGGACAACAGUGGAGGGGACACUUUGGCAGUUCAGCCCCAGAACCUGGCCCAGGGUGCCAACAGACUUUGCUUCAACCCUGCCCCCAGUGCCUCUCAUCAGUGUGUUCAAGAUGGUGCUGGUGGUGGCAGGAGCCCACCUUUCUUCAGUCUGGCCCUCUCCCGAGAAUCGCCAGCCAGUGUACCAUGGGAGACUGGAGAGACUUUGCAGCCCUACCCUCUGCAGCGACGUUUCUCCCUCUCGCCUGUCAGAUUCCUUCCCUCCCCGCAAAGCUCUACCACCUCCACGCCAGAGCUGCACCGACACCAGCACAGCCUUCCUCGUAGCCGCUCGCAACCCUGCGACUUGGACACCAGGAAAAGUGGUCUCAAGCGGCGCCAUGAUGAGGAUGUGAGGUGGCAUAGGCCUUCGCUUGAUUUCUACAAGAUGAAUCAGAAACCAUUUGCAGGAGGUGUCUGUCAGUUAGACAAAUCUGAGGAAGGUGGCUAUCCAUCAUGGCUCUUGGCCUGUAGCCCACAGGCACCCUCAGCUCCAUGCAGUCCCAUCAGCAAUUGCAUCCAGGUGCUUAGUGAAAGUGAAGAGGAGGAGGAAGAGGAAGCACCAGAACAAGCAGCAAGGCGAUUAAAUUGGAAUUUAGCAAGCAAAAGGACACUCUUCCAACCAGACUUUAGUGAUCUGGAUUUAACUUUGAUUGAGGAGAACUAGGGGUUAGAUGUCUCCUUGAAAAACUGACUGGGGUCUGCAGUAGGGGGAGACUGCACUCCUGGAUGAGAGCAGGGGGAGUGGGGUGGGUGUUGAGGGUAAGUGGCGGUGGGACCAACGGGGUUUUGUCUG